UAGCUAUUUUUCCACAUGAUGGCUGCUGGUUGCUUUUGCAGUAAAAGGGGAGGAGGAAACAGCAGCAGCGCGACCUCCAUGGUUUAUCGUCCAUCAGCUCAGUUACUGCCUGGGCUUCAACUUGGAAACAUAUAUUCCCCUUACGGAGCGGGCCCGCUACUCUGGGAAAAAUUCGCCACCGAGUGGACUUGCUUGAGGAUUAAAUCAAGUAUUUUGAGCCGUGUGAGAGAGACCAUCCCAGUUCCUGUCCAUCCAGUAGGACCAGUUCCCGCUAUCCACCAAGCCACCAGGGAGUGGGUCUAACGUUGUGUGUUCAGUCACGAUGGGACAAUAGCAGAGGGUAUCGACGCUCUUCUUCCUUUUCCCCCAUCCCCUCCCCCACUCCCUUGCAGGACGCUCCACAGAAGCCCUCCCGCUAGCAAAUACAGUCACUCACCCACCCACACAGAGCCACUCCUCCUCCCACGCCGGUCCCAGACCACUCGCCCUGCCUCCACAAGCAGUCAGGCAACGAGCGGCGGGUGGGAGGCUGUGUAAUCCUGCAAAGUGAAGCUUUUGUGAUGGCCACUGUUAUUGUUGUUGCUGCUGCUGCCGGAGCCUCCCUCAGGAGGCGACGCGAGGGAGCACAGGAGGCGGUGUGAAGCUCUCACAAAGGCAGAAGGACACACGCCAUCGGACCUCAGGAGAAUGCGCUUUGCGGGGAGACAAAUGGAAUCCACGGGGAAGUGAAAGCGCAUGAUGUGGCACCGGCAACGCCUCCUAUCACCAGUCGAAGAUCGUACCAAAAGUCAACUUGGGGAAAUAUUUGAAACACACCUAACGUGCAGCAAAGCAAUGCAGUGAACACGGAGGAGAGUACUUCAGCGUUUUUAAUUUUUUUUUUAACUUUUGAAUAUAUUUGCUAUUAGUCGUCUUUUUGGUGGUCUCUGGGAUUGAAAGCUACCAAAAGUGCCUUUAUUUUGGUUUCACUUUUGUACUCGCAUAUAAGUAAUAAUACUUCAGCGACGUUAAAUGUGCAUGCCACAAGUGUCCGGUAAACAGAUAGCUGACAAUCUUCAUCUCAGUUUUGUACGCAAAGCAAAUUCCUCUCCGCAACCCACCCCACUCUUCAUCUGAACUCAGACUUUCCACAUAGCCUCGGCCUGCCCGUCGCCAUGGUGAAGUUGCAGUCCAAAUGGCGCUACCUGUUCAUGUUCCUGGGCAUCCAGCUGGUAGUCAUGGCGCUGCUGUCCCGGGAGGGCUACCAGAAGAGGGUCACCUACUUCAUACGCAUCUUCCGCAAGUUGGAGGGCACAGGGACACCUGGUCGAAACCACACCACAUCCCACGUGCCUGGAGGCGACGUGUAUGCUAACCUCUCCCAACUGUCCAAAGGUCAGAACAGUGGAGAGGUGGUUUUCUACUGCCCCAAGACCUCCCCUCUCAUAGGCGGGCCCAUCCACAUCACUUUCCCGUCGGGACUCACCCUCGCUGAGGUGCAGCGGAAGAAUCCGCUUGUGGUGCGCGGCGGACGCUACCGGCCGCCCGACUGCGAGGCGAGGCACCGCACGGCCAUCAUCAUCCCUCACCGGCACCGCGAGCACCACCUCAGGUUCCUGCUCUACUACCUGCAUCCUUUCCUGCAGCGCCAGCAGCUCAACUACGGCAUCUACGUCAUCCACCAGGCUGGAAACUACACCUUCAACAGGGCCAAGCUGAUGAAUGCUGGUUUCCGCGAGGCCAUGCGAGAGGAGGACUGGGAUUGUCUCUUUUUCCACGACGUGGACCUCAUUCCCGAGGACGACCGCAACACUUACGUGUGCGACUCCAACCCCAAGCAUGCCGCCGUCGCCAUGGACAAGUUUGGCUACAAGCUUCCGUACAAUUUGUACUUUGGAGGAGUGUCGGCUCUCAUGCCGCUCCACUACCUGAAGAUGAACGGCUUUCCCAACAACUACUGGGGCUGGGGUGGCGAGGACGAUGACAUUGGGAUCAGAGUGUCUUUGGCGGGAAUGUACAUCACGCGUCCGUCCCUGAAGGUGGGACGCUACAAGAUGAUCAAGCACAAACUGGACAAAGGCAACGAUGUCAACCCUAAGAGGUUCAACAUGCUGGCCAAGACGCGUCAGAUGUGGAAGGAGGACGGGAUGAACACGGCCGAGUACGAGGUUCUCUCCCGGGAGUACCUGCCCCUCUACACAAACAUCACCGUCAACAUCGGCACCGAGGCCGGCCUGCAUCCGCCUCCUCAGACGGCGGCGCCACCGGCCCGCCCUGCCACGCAGGCCGCCUCUGCUGCCAAACCUGGAAAAUAAUCUCGCUUGCUUUUUUUGUUUCACAUUUUGGCCUUACUUGCCCGCAGGAUGUUUAUUUUUUUGUUGUUGUUGUGAAGAAUCCACUGCAACAAGGUGAGACUGCGCCACUCACUGCGAGCAGAAAGUGAUACGGUAUAUUAGCUAUACUAUAGAGUAUAUAUCAAAUGAUAUUUUCAGCUAGCUGUCGCUGGCGGCUCUCCACUCAGCUUCCUGUGUCCUGGCGGAUUCUUCUUCCAAGAAAAGUUGGACUCUAUGAGUUUGUAUAUCGACAGCACCGCACUCGCUGCUCAAACCUCGUGAUGCCUUAGAACCUCUUUUGCUCGUAUCUUCCUUGGGGGUGUGUUAUGUUUUUUUACUUUGUUUUUUUGGCUGGAGCGUGUCAAGCUGCUACACUCAACAUCACAGUCGCCCUGCUGGAAAUGACUGGAGCAGAUGAACCAAUCAGACAUUUGCACCCACCAGAAAUAGAAAACCUCAACUAGAAGAGUACCAUAAAUGCGAUACGUGAUAACGUGUCCUAAAUGUCAUUGUUGGGCCAUUUUUCAACUUGAUUAAUUUUUGACCACAUGGUGACUUAUGAACAAGAAUAUCGUACAACACGGCAGCAACAAAACCAAGGUUGUAAUUAAGAGUGCACAAUAAUUAUGAGGGAAUUAUGACAUCAUACCGAUUCAAUUUGAUAACAUUACAAAUAUUUAAAAAAAACGCUCCAGCGAGGCGAGAUUACCCGCACUGUGCAACAGCCUUUCAUAACUUCCCCUGAGCUGACCUGUAAACAAAUAUUCACUUUCAGAGACAUUUCACAUGCUAGUUGUACCAAAUGCUCCACCAUGGGGGACCAUUGACCACACCAACAACCUUAUCAGCCACCUGAAACCCUUAAAGUGCAAAAGGUUUGCCAGAGACCUCAGAGCGUCUGCCUGAAUACAGUGCACCUUGCUGGGCCACAGCAGGUGUCUCCUCUCGCUCUGUACUCUGCUUCUCCUGGUAGUAGUGAUGUGGUGGCAGUAAAGUCAUGACAUUUCAUUAGGACUAAUCAAUCAAAUCCUAAUUAGUUCCGGGCCUUCUUACCUCCAGGUGUACACAAACUACACUUCCGUCUAAAUAAAAGAAAUGGAUAUAAAAAAGUUGGAGGUUUUGAUGUCAUAUGAGAAAGAAAAGAUGAUCUGCAUCCACGUCGUGUAGUCUUACACUCAGACGCAUUUGAAGCCAAUCGCCAAUGGCGUUUAAUCACGUGAGCAGCGGGAGAAGGUUCACACACGGAGGAGACGUCAGCCCUUAAUGAGGAUCAAGUGACACAUUUAACUGCAGUUUUCCUUCCAUUUCAACACGGCCAACUUUUACAAUCCAGCCUGAGCACAUCUUGACUUGAUUUUCUGGAAAGGUCACAAGAUGGUGGCAAAAUGUCUUUACUGCAUAGUAGGGGUGUCGCCAGACACUCGUGGGUCUACAAGACAAAAGUACAACGGGAAAAAACCCCAACAAUAUAUUGCAAUCCAUCCAUUUUCUAUCCUGCUUAUCCUCACUCGGGUCGGGGGUAUGCUGGAGCCUAUCCCAGCUGACUUCAGGCGAGAGGCGGGGUACACCCUGGACUGGUGGCCAGCCAAUGGCAGGGCAUGGAUAGACAAACAACCAUUCUAAUUGAAUUUCUGCUAUGUUACACGCUUCUGCACUCUGUGUGUAUGCUAGCUGCCCCGCCUCCACCCACCUGUAUGAUUGACAAAACGUGCCAAGGUGCCAAAACUAGGGAUGUACCGAUCCACACUUUUUGGCAUCCGGUCCGAUUUUUAUUUUUAAUAGUCUUGCUGAUCCAAUCCAGUGCCGAUUUAUUUUUUUAUUUUUAUUUUUUUAUCUUUUGUUACCAACCAAAUUAUUGCUGAAUGUACUUUUUAUUACCCAGCAUGACCAACAAUAUUGUUUGGUUUUUGUAACAAACCUUUUAGUAAGGUCCCUAAUCCAAUAAAAGACCCAAUAAAAGUCCAUCCAAUAAAAGAUGAAAUUGGAAAAAAUGAGCGUGCAAAAUACUUUUCGGGUAGGACUAAUCAUUUGACAUGGUUAUAGAUCCAUUUGUGGUGGGAUUUAGAAUAUGACUUUUUUUUUUUUUUAAACAAACUCUCUUCAAUGCAAGUCAUAAUUUAUUGACCGUCCCUUGUAUAAACAACCAGUGGUUACAGCGGCACUUCCCAUGCGAGCUCCCUGCACCAUGACGCAGCAGUCCGCACACAGUGACGGGGGUAAGUACCGCUGUAGCUACGGAGCCCAAAAUCCGACAUCCAACGUGAAACUAACUUCUCCACGGCAUGGUGGUGUUGGUUUGAGGUGCAUUGCCGCACCUACCGUGUUGGAGUGUGGCCUGGAGUUACCAACGUUAUACAGCAACCGGAUCAUCUUGAAAAUGCAGCCGAUCGGGACAUCCCUAGCUGAAAGCGAUGCACAGAGUGAACCCCCUUCCUGCCUGUUUGGAGGCACGCAUGCUCACGGCAAUAUACUGUAUGUUGUGUGAUGAAUUCAUUUAUCAACCCAGGCCUCAGUGCCCACGAGACAUGUUUUCUUCUGAAGGAGCAAUCGUGUUUUAAUCUCGCGAGAUCUUGUGACACCCCUACAGUAUAUCUUUUUUUUAUUAUUAUUACAUUUUGACGUGCAAAAAUGCAUACUCUUUCUCGGCGCAGGCAUAUACGGAGUUGUAAAUGUCAGUGAUUUAGAAUGUUCUAGAUGACGGCAGUCAUGACAACCACAACAAUAAGAACGGUGGAUAACACAACUUCUUCCUGUCUUUUGCCCUUUUCUUCAGCCAAAAUGCAAAAUGAGUUCUGGUUAUGAAUCAUUCUGGGCUCUACUUUUUCAUGUCAGGGUUUAAAAAAAAAUAUAUAUAUAUAUAUAUAUAAUUAAUUUGCCUUUUGUCUGAAGUAUUUUUUUAUUUUGAUAUGCUUUUAAGUCACGACUCCUCCCUCCCUUCCUUCCUGCCUUCCUUCCUUCUCUUCUUAAGAUGCAGUAAAUCUUUGUAUUUUCUACCUGCAAAAGCCUGUUUUGCCUUCACCCUCACGUGUGGCUGCACUUCAUCAGCGCACUUUGUGUGUAAUCAUCAGAAAUAAGCCCCUCCCCACCAUCGCCUCCACCGCCCCGGUUUGGCUGAAACCAAAGAUGACUUCCCCUGUUUUGCAAGCGAGCUCGCGCUGUCGUGUGCUGCUGCUUGUUAGUUUUAUUAGCGUGACUCCCGAUGGAUUGCUUUGGCCUUUGCAGGCUCCUGUUUCAUCAGGACUUUGUUGUAAGAUGAAGUGUACCACGCCUGCCUUGUACAUACUCUACAUGCGCUACAUGCUCAUGUAUGCAUGACAGUUUUUGUUUUUAUUAUUAUUAUUUGACAAGACGCCCUUGUGACACUGCAGGUUUAGUACUGGACCAGCUGCUGUUGGCUAGCUAGUCUCUCUCUGCCUUUGUGUGUGUGGGGGGGUGGUAUUAAAUUGAGUGGCCUUAAAUUGAGUAAUAAUAAACUAUUGCAAA